AGGAAAAACUGCUUUUAACUGGACUUACCAGUGCAACCGGGACCACAUGGAUUGUUUUUGAAAAGUCAUCAAGUUAGCAUGUGCCAAGACAUUCACCUUCCUGUUGGGGUCCUGUGAUGCUUUUUUUAUUCUGCGUUACCAGCGCUGACUUCCUGCUUUUAGCUACAGGUGCAAUGGCUGUAGACUACUCUCAGCUGCAGAAACGUUUGCAAAGUCGCCGCAGCACGAUCAACUGCCUGUCAAAGAAUGUGAGUGACAAGAAGACCUUUGCGGUUUCCCAGAAGAAUGCAGUUAAAGCCUGGAGCUCUCUGGAGAACCUGGACACUCCCGAGUGCCAGGGAGGUGAAGAGAAACCCAAACAGGAACCUAACAUCAAGCUUAACGUUGGCGGUAAAGUUUUCCACAUCCCCAAAAAGUGUGCCAUGAAAUAUCCUCACACCCGCAUCGGCUCUCUCGCAGCAAGCACAGACCGAUCCCAACUCAUCGCCCUCUGCGAUGACUACUCCGUUAAAAACAAUGAGUUCUUCUUUGAUCACGACCCUACUUUUUUCCACCACAUCUGCCAUUUUUAUGCCAACGGAGAGCUGUGGGUCAUCAGGCAAAUGUGCCCGAUCAACUUUGAGGAGGAAAUGGCGUACUGGGGUUUGAGCUUAAAGGACACCACACACUGCUGCUGUAUGAUGUUUGAGGAGAAGGUGGAUGAAAUGAAAGACAACCUGAAGGUGGAAAGGGAGCUCAUGGCUGAGAUCGAGGUCAAGUAUGACGACGAGUUAUUCGAGGACAUGCUGUUUGGAAAGGUUCGGAAAUGCCUGUGGAACAUGGUGGAGAAUCCCUACUCUUCAGUUUGGGCGAAAGUCUUCAGUGUGGUCUCCAACCUCUUUGUGCUCUUUUCCAUCGUGGCAAUGUCCCUCAACACAGUGGACGAACUUCAGAACUAUCAAUUUGGGGGCAGAACCCACAUGGAGUGGGUCGAGAUUAUCACCAUUGUGUUCUUUGCUUUGGAGUAUUUGACUCGCCUUGCCACCACGCCGGACAUCAAACUCUUUUUGAAGAGUGGGCUCAACUUUGUUGACAUGGUAGCGGUCAUGCCUUAUUUCGCCCAGAUCGUCUUGGAAGCCGCUUUGGGCUCAGAGGACGGGAACACACCCGAAGACCUUCGGACCCUGUCGAGAUUCAGCAAGUUGGGUCACGUCCUAAAAGUGGUCAAAUUGCUGAGGAUAUUUCGCAUUUUGAAGCUGGCCCGCCAUUCAACCGGCAUGAGGGCCUUUGGGUUCACCCUGCGCCAGUGUUACCAGCAGGCCUCUUGCAUAUUGCUCUUCAUCGCCAUGGGUAUAUUUACUUUUUCUACGCUCUUGCAUUCAGCAGAGAGGGAAACUGAGGCUUCUCCCAUCAGCAGUAUUCCAUAUGCCUGGUGGUGGGCUGCGGUCAGCAUCUCCACUGUGGGCUACGGUGAUGUGGUCCCUGUGACGAUCCUGGGUCGCAUCGUGGCCUUUGGCUGCAUCUCCUUCGGAAUCAUCAUGAACGGAAUGCCCAUCUCCUUCCUUUUUAACAAGUUCUCAGACUACUACGGCAAGCUAAAGGCCCAAGAGUACAACAUAAUCUCAGUCCAACGCCGCUUGCAGCUCAGGAGGCGCCUUCGUCACAGGAUGGGCGCGUGUUUUCAUCCCGCACAGGAAGUGGACAGUGGUUCCCUGGCAAUCAAUGACAUUCCUCGACUAACCUAGUGGUUGAGAAGUAAAGUUCAAAUCUGUUUUGAUAAAUCAGUGCCUGAAAAUACUGCAUGAAAGGGAAUAAAGUACUUUUCAGGGAGCGAUAAAUCUUUGUGUUCAGAAUAGACUGACAAAAUAAUUAUUAAAAUAAUACACAUCUGAUCGUUCCUAGGAGUGUAUAUCAAAUUUCCCUUUGUGCGACAUUCACAGUAUACACAGAAGAGUAAAACUGUUAAGAUCAAAAUUCUUAUAGUAGUUUAAAUUCGAACCUUUCCCUGGAAGCCAAGUUUUUGUUAAUUCACAUGAAGAUUCCAAAACUCGUGAUUAUAUUUUAAUGGAAGUACUGAAGGACCAAAAGUGUUGGGACUGGUGGCUGGGGGGGAAUCAAUGUAUGCAAUAAGAAAUUUUGCAAACCAUAAUUGUAAUGUUGUCAAUUUCAUGUACAAAUAUGCAAUUAAGAAUGACUCCGAAGUUACUUGGGACGCAGGUGUUCGUCUUUUUAAUGCAUAUAUAUUUUUGGGUGGACCUGUUUUGUUCAUGCGGUACAGUGAUGAAAUUGAUUAGAGCGUCUGCUUUACAGUUCCGAGGACCGGGGUUCAAAUCCCGGCCUCGCCUGUGUGGAGUUUGCAUGUUCUUCCAGUGCAUGCACGGGUUUUCUCCGUUUCCUCCAAAAAGAUGCACGGUAAGUUAAUUGAAGCCUCUAAAUUGCUUGUAGGUGAGAAUGCUUGGUUGUUUGCCCAUGACCCUUGUGAGGACAAGUUAUAAAGAAAAAGGAUGGAUGUUCUGUUCUGAAUAUGGACUUUUUUUGGGAGUUGGAAAGAGAUUAUUUAUUUUGUCACCUGUCACACAAGUGUUGAUUUUUUUUUUUUUUUUUUUUUUUUAAACAGUUUGUCAACCUGCAGCGAGAAACUGCACUGUAUAUUUAAUUUCAAUGACUUUAACCCCCUCCCACGCAAUUAUUGCCCGAUGGCAUCUAAAAAGCAAAGCAACCCAAAAACGUCACGAUCGCUGUUCAACACACGGCGUAAAAUCUCUUCUGUAUCAAUAUUGUGGCCCGGCGGGCCGGAGCACAAUCAUAGGAAGUGGUCAGGUCAACUGAGAAAUGGAGUCAGGCUGUUUACUUCUUUUUUGUGUCACUUCCCCGUUGCAGUUUCCCCACAGUGACUCAAGCUUUUACUUCAUGUGACCUUAACUCAAACACGGCAUUUUGUCUGCUGUCUGCAGAAAUCAUUUUCGGUUCUUCAGUACAGAAACUAAAGUUGUACAGUUUUUGUUUUCCAGAGUUGUGUGCAGAUGUGCCCGCCUUUCCUUUUCCUGGCUCGAGUCAUCAUUUGUAAAAUUGGUAGCUCGUGAGUUUUAGCCGUUCUGUGACCGAGCUCAAA